AAACUCUUUUUCGUGUCAAUAAAAAUGGACAAAGCUUUUAAAAUACAAAGACAGGCUCGGGAUAAUGUGAACACCUUGCAAACAUAUCUCACAGAUUUACAGAAUUGGGAGAUUGAAAUGAAACGUAAAGAGGCCGCACUUAACGGUGAAUUUGUACAGGAUCUUCCACCAGUAAGGAGCAAGGCGCGUAAAGAGAAACCAGUGCAAGUCAAGAAGCAGCCCCAGAAAAGGAUCACAGGAUCUGACUACAGUGCCUGGGAAAAAUUUGAUGUGAACAAAGCAUGUGAAGAAGUAGACAUGGCAGAUCUGGGCCCCGUGUCCCUCGACAGUAAGAAAAGUCAGUCAGCAAAGGCUGAAAAGUUGAAAGAAGAAGGACGAUACGAAAAAGAGAGGGGCAACAAUUUCGUUAAGCAAGAGAAAUGGGACGAGGCUAUCUCUUGUUACAAUAGAGCUAUAGAGCUUGUGAAAGACGAUGCCAUCUUUUAUGCUAACAGAGGAUUGUGUUACUUGAAGAAGGACAGUCUCCAUCAAGCGGAAUCGGACUGCACGGAGGCGCUCCGCCUGGACCCCACGUACGUGAAGGCGCUGCAGCGGCGCGCCACGGCCCGCGAGCGGCUGGGCUCGCUGCGCGCCGCCUCGCACGACCUCGCCGCCGUGCUGCAGUACGAGCCGCACAACACCGCCGCGCGCCGCCAGCUCGAAGCCAUCAAGAUCAGGAUGGGCACCAAGGGGGCGAAAUCGAAAUCAUCGCCGUUAUCGACGCCAACGAAUGAAUCGAAACCGGUCGUAACGAAUCCUACGUCGCCAGCGAAGAUAGUGCAAUUGCCAAGCGAGCCAGCGAAGAAGGAACUCAGUCCACUAGAGAAGUGGAGGAAUGGUGUCGGUGAAAAUAUAACGGUUAUACGACCGGUGAAGAAACCUCCACAUUUAAGAUCCAAGAGGGCAUUAAAACACGUGCCCAUUCAAGAAGUCCCAUUAGGUCGUAACGCACACGACAAACCGCCGACACGUGUGAAGUUCAUUGAGAUGAGUGAUAAUAUAUCCCACGGGGACUCGAAUAACAACGAUUCCAACAAAAUCGUCGAAACCGCCCCACAUUGUGAUGGUGACAAGAAGAUUAAUAUGAAAAUCGGUGACCAUGUUAAUGUUAAUGAUAUAAUGCAAAAUAUGGUACCACCAAUGAGUAGUGUUCAAUUUAUGGCGGAGUGGAAGUAUUUGAAAGGAAAUAACCGCGCUAGAAGUGAUUAUUUGAGUAUAAUAGAACCGACAAAGUUACCAGCUAUCUUCGAGAAUGCUCUGGAAAGCGACGUGCUCUCCGAUCUCCUAUACACGCUAUGUCAUAAUAAGGAUAAAUUUAGAAACAAAACAAUAUCGGCCUAUCUCAAGGGUCUCAGCAAGGUUAAAAGAUUCUCCGCUCUGGCCAUGUUCCUCACCAACAGCGAUAAGAAUUUGUUAAACGACAUGCUGUGUCACUGCAAAGACGUUGAAAAUUUAAGCGACAAUGAGAUUGCGGAUUUGACAAACAAAUAUGAACUUUAAUCCCAUUAGAAUAAAGUGUUAAAACAAUGUCAAAACAUUGCUAAUAAAAAGAGAAAAAUUUUACUUUUCAGGAAUGUUCUUUAAAACAAAUAUGAUUUGGAAUUGUCAUUAGUUGUUUCUAUCAAAGAAUUUGCUUAUAAAGUUUAAUUUUCCAUAAUCAAAAGCAGUUUUCGGAUUUAAAUCUCUCUCUGUCAUAAAAACCUCGUGUAGCAUAAAUUUAUUGAUCUCUUUAUUUGAUGGUUGGGUAGAAAAACUCGUAACAGGCAUAUAAAAGGAAUGAGUAUCAAUGCGUUUAACGCCAUCUGUUAAUAAUGAGAACUUAAGGAAACGUCAUGUUGCCCUUUUUGAUUUGGUGUACAUUGUAACACUUGCGGAUUUUAGAUAAAUUGUUAACAUAUAUUAUAUACUAUUAUGCCUUCAAAAUUCAAUAAGCCGUUAUGUUGAGUGUAUCAAUCGCCUUCGUGUAUCCUUUGUGGGACGUGAUGAUAAAAUAAUCUGUGAAAAUGAAGAAGAAAAAAAGCUCUUCAAGACAAGUAUUAUUAAUAUGUAUUGCCAGGUCCUAUAUUUAACGAAUCGUAAUUGUACACCACCAUAUAGGGAUGCAAUCACGAGGCUAUUUACUGUAGAAGUGCGUCAGAAUUUUAGAUAGAAUAACUAUGAAUUGAUAUAAAAUAUAUAUUUAGAUAGACUUUUCAAAGGGUUUCUAUCUAUUUUACUGGCUGUUAUUUAAUUUCAUGGAAAAAAAAGUAAUAAAUGAAAAAAUAAGUUAACCAUGACCUUUGCUAAUAUUUUAAAGGCAAAAGGUGCGUUUGUUUUUUAAUUGUUACGUAACUACUCAACUGAUUGUCGUGAAGACUUGCUAACGCGUUGUUCUGGGAACAGAAAUGGACAUAGGGUACUUCCAGCUCUCCAGCCUUCACACGCAAGCGAUGUAGCGGGCGGUAAUUAGAUGAAUAUAUUUUGUCAUCUCAUAUAAUUAAUCUCCAACCUAUGAGGGAAUGCGUUCCUCAUAGAGCCGUGAUCGUAUGGAUGAGGUAAUUUUGAAUCAGCGGAGAAUUUACAAUGAGAAACGUAUAGUUUAUGGCUAACAAAUAAUAUCAUUAAGAACUAUAUCAGUCAGUCAAUUUAAAAAAUAAAUUAUUAAUAUUAUUUAUGCUUAAUUUAAUUA